GAACAUUUCCCAUAUAUGUCACAUUUACCUCAUAACUCACAUGAUAUCACUUCAGCCCUCACCACACACUUGCAUAAUGAUGGUCUAUUCCCUGAGCAGCCACUUCACAAUCCGCACACACCAACAACACAACAGUCACCGCAGGAUGAACAGGAGAAGCUCCUGGAUGAAGCCGUCCAGGCCGUGAAAGUGCAGUCCUUCCAGAUGAAGAGAUGUCUGGACAAGAAUAAACUGAUGGACGCGCUGAAGCACGCCUCGAACAUGCUGGGAGAACUGCGCACCUCCAUGCUGUCGCCAAAGAGUUACUACGAGCUCUACAUGGCCAUCUCUGAUGAGCUGCAUUACCUGGAGGUCUAUCUGACGGAUGAGUUUGCGAAAGGAAGGAAAGUGGCUGAUCUAUACGAGCUUGUUCAGUAUGCGGGAAAUAUCAUCCCCAGGCUCUAUCUGCUCAUCACCGUUGGUGUCGUCUACGUCAAAUCCUUUUCCCAGUCAAGGAAGGACAUCCUGAAGGACAUGGUGGAGAUGUGCCGGGGAGUCCAGCAUCCUUUACGGGGGCUAUUCCUCCGCAACUACCUCCUGCAGUGCACCCGGAAUAUCCUGCCGGACGAAGGGGAACAGACCAAUGAUAUCACUGUGUCUUGCACUGAGGAAGUCACAGGGGAUAUCAGCGACUCCAUGGAUUUUGUACUUCUGAACUUUGCCGAGAUGAACAAACUGUGGGUGCGGAUGCAGCACCAGGGCCACAGCCGGGAUAAGGAGAAGAGGGAGCGGGAGAGGCAGGAGCUCCGGAUUCUGGUGGGAACCAACUUAGUCCGACUCAGCCAGCUGGAAGGCGUGAACGUGGAGCGAUACAAGCAGAUCGUGUUACCUGGGAUCCUGGAGCAAGUUGUGAAUUGCAGAGAUGCCCUGGCUCAGGAAUACCUGAUGGAGUGUAUCAUACAGGUUUUUCCUGAUGAAUUCCAUCUCCAGACACUGAACCCUUUUCUUCGAUCGUGUGCUGAGCUCCACCAAAAUGUGAAUGUGAAAAACAUAAUUAUUGCUUUAAUUGACAGGCUGGCACUGUUUGCACAUCGGGAAGAUGGACCGGGGAUUCCCUCAGAUAUAAAACUCUUUGACAUCUUCUCUCAGCAGGUGGCCACAGUCAUCCAGUCUCGGCAGGACAUGCCCUCCGAAGACGUGGUGUCUUUGCAAGUGUCUCUCAUUAACUUGGCCAUGAAGUGCUAUCCCGAUCGGGUGGAUUAUGUUGAUAAAGUGCUGGAGACGACUGUGGAAAUCUUUAACAAGCUUAACCUUGAGCACAUCGCCACGAGCAGCGCAGUCUCCAAAGAGCUGACCAGGCUUCUGAAGAUCCCGGUGGACACUUACAAUAACAUCCUGACGGUGCUGAAACUCAAACACUUCCACCCGCUCUUCGAAUACUUUGAUUACGAGUCCAGGAAAAGUAUGAGCUGCUAUGUGCUAAGCAGCGGCUUAGAGUACAACACGGAGGUCGGCUCCCAGGAGCAGGUGGAUGCCAUCAUGAAUUUAGUCUCCACCCUCAUCCAGGACCAGCCUGACCAACCGGCAGAAGACCCUGAUCCGGAAGACUUUGCAGACGAGCAGGCGCUCGUCGGGCGCUUCAUUCACCUUUUGCGAUCGGAUGACCCCGAUCAGCAGUACUUGAUCCUCAACACGGCCCGAAAGCACUUUGGAGCCGGCGGAAACCAACGAAUUCGCUACACGUUACCCCCUCUGGUGUUCGCGGCUUAUCAGCUUGCUUUCCGAUACAAAGAAAACUCCAAAGUGGAUGACAAGUGGGAUAAAAAGUGUCAGAAGAUCUUCUCCUUUGCGCACCAGACGAUCAGCGCGUUGAUUAAAGCCGAAUUGGCAGAGCUACCGCUCCGGCUGUUUCUCCAAGGGGCUUUGGCCGCAGGGGAAAUUGGAUUUGAGAACCACGAGACGGUGGCCUAUGAAUUUAUGUCUCAGGCGUUCUCACUGUAUGAAGAUGAAAUCAGUGACUCCAAGGCACAGUUGGCGGCCAUUACCCUCAUCAUCGGAACCUUUGAGAAGAUGAAGUGUUUCAGCGAGGAGAACCACGAGCCUCUGAGGACGCAGAGUGCCCUGGCUGCAUCCAAACUGCUGAAGAAGCCCGAUCAGUGCAGGGCGGUCAGCACCUCCGCUCACCUCUUCUGGUCCGGGUGCAACACAGACAAGAACGGGGAAGAGAUUCAGAGCGGAAAACGGGUGAUGGAGUGCCUUAAGAAGGCGCUGAAGAUCGCUAAUCAGUGCAUGGAUCCUUCUCUUCAAGUGCAACUCUUCAUAGAAAUUCUGAACAGAUACAUCUACUUCUACGAGAAGGAAAAUGACGCGGUCACCGUUCAGGUAUUGAACCAGCUCAUCCAGAAGAUCCGGGAAGACCUCCCGAACCUCGAGGCCAGCGAGGAGACGGAACAGAUAAACAAACAUUUUCACAACACUCUGGAGCAUUUACGUCUACGGAAGGAGUCCCCAGAUGCCGAAGGACCCGUAUAUGAGGGUCUUGUCCUAUAAACCAAACCUCUUUUGUUCCGUCUUUACUCUUCCACCACUUUCUUCAGUUGAUCUGCUCUGUCCACUGACCCCUUUUUUCCCCCCUCUUUCAUAGAUUGUGCCUUUUGGAAAUGGCAAGCGUUAGAACCAUUAAUUCCCAAAUUACAUUUUCUAAGCACUUCAGGAGACGUAAUUAGCUGUGUCAUAGUAAAUUUGCCUGGACCUCAAUCUAUAUUUCACAAUAAGCAGGCAAUUAAGUUCUCAGCUUUGUGCCGCUUUGAUGUCCCGGUUUGUGCGCCACUCAUGGCACGCAAUCUGCGACAAUUUCCUUGCGCAUGGCUGUGGUGUGCGAGGAAUAGUAUGCAGGGAUACGUCACUGCGGAGACCCUUUCUCGAAUGUUCCUGCAGCACGUUGCUUAGAAUGUAAUUGUUUCGUAUAUUCUAUUGGCCGCGUCUCCUCAUUUAGCUUUUCCUUGGGAGAGCGUCAAAUAUAUAACCCAGUUUGGAUAACCAGGUGGUGCCAAGCUGAAAAGCCCUCCCAAAUGACCAACGUUCCCAGGUGAGCAGCGACUGCAUGUGGGUGUUCAGAGGUUUCGUCCAGGAGCGUGUCCCAAAAUCCGGUUGCAUAUGUGUGCUUGUUAUGUAUCUGUAAAACCUGUCCCACGAAGCUUACAUUCCCUAACUGAUCUUUCUUUUGGGCUGCCACGCAAGGCCUUCAGCCAUCACUUUUCACCCCCCUCUUUCUUUUAACACCGUUAACGACUUCUUGCAACGUCUUCUCCUCUGUUGGUUCCAGCCUGAAUGGGAGCGUGCCUAGAGACUUUUACAAUUUCAGAGUCCUAAAGUUUUAUUUUAGUUAAUAAGGUUCUGUGGAGUUCAGUGAGGGCCAGUACUGUGCGCAGAGCUUAUUUAUCAAAUGCUUUCCUGUUCCAGAUAGUAUAAAAGAAAUAUAUAGUAAAGAACGUUUGUGAUCUAUUUAGUUGUAUGUAUAACCAUUAUUGUAAAUUUAGCUAUAAAUGUGUUAUGCACAUUUAUUCAGUCUCUUGAUUUGCACCUGUGGUAUAAUAAAAUAACCAUUAACAGCUGA